AUGGAAUAUUUAACUGGAAUCCUGCUUGAUGUCUCCGGUUCCAUGGGUCGUUACAUUAAAAGGGAUACUGAUGAUGAUGGAGGACCAUCCCCAUGGGCUCGCUCGAUCUUUGAGGUUAUUGACAACCUUAUCAAAUACGAUGUUUCUUCUGAAAACCAUGUAUUUGCAAUGGGCGUUGGGGCUUGUACUGGUGAGGACAUUUUUGAUAUCAUAGGAACUCUUAAACAGAUUCAGAAUGAAGACAAAAAAACUGAGAAUGAUGUUCAGGGGCCUGCUGCUAGUUGGCAAAUAAAGAAGAUUUUCGAAAUAUUAAAAAGAUCCGGCGCAAGAACUGUUGACAAAUGGGCAGCGGAAGAAGAUGCCAUCAUGGCAUUGGAAUAUAGAGAGGCUGAUUUGCUACUGAGCAAAUUUGAAUCUGACAAGUCGUUUCUUAAAAAAUUUGUUGAAGAUUUCCUACCAGAAGCUUGCCGGGAUUGGCCUGAAAGCCCCCUGGAGGACAUGAUAGGCCUUUCUUAUCUUAAAAGAGCAGCGCAAAGUGCGUAUGCGUCAGUGGCAACCACCUUUGUAAGAGCAACAGUUGCAGACAUCAGGGAAGUAGUUAAUAAGGCUAAGCCUUAUUUGCUGAAAGAAGCGAAAGAAAAAGUAGCUCUGUUGGGUGUGACUGUUAAUUCCAUUUCCAAUGUUCAAGAUGCCUCAAAUGUUCUUCAUGGGUGUGUCGAUGAAAAAGAACUCUCCCCAAAAAGGAGUCAGGAAUUAUUGAAAAGCGUCGAGCCUUACAUUUACGGUGGAACGCCUUUAUUUCAGUCGAUUGAGAAGGCGAUAAAACUUUUUCAAGCCUCUAGGUUUUCCAGCCACAAAAAGUUGCUUUUCAUCUUGUCAGACGGAAGUCCCUCAGAUGGACAUGCUAGUGAUCGUACAAGAAUAGAUCGAGUGGUCUGUGACUUAAACACAGCAGGUGUGACCGUAGUGAGCUGCUUUGUCACUGACUCUACGCAGAUUGACCCCAAACGACUCUACAGCAAAGAAGGACCUGACUGGGAUCCCGGUGCAAAGUUCCUGUUCUCAUUGAGCUCAAAGAAGCCCACGCAAUCGCUACCACGCACUAUGUUUGUUAAACGUGAUUGGACCAUCGAUAUCACCAACAAUGAAACACACUUGUUCUUGCAGGUCAAUCAUCCAGACAACUUGCGAGAGGCUUGCCAAGUGGCACGUGAUGUCGUUUAUUCUCAAGACGCGCUAUCCGAAAUGCUUGCAGUCGUCGACUUAGAUCUCUACAUUAACCAACAAUUAGAGGGCUAUGAAGCAAAAUUAAAGCAAGAAGGGGCGACCUGCUAUGCAAAUGCAGCUGCGACAAUUCUCCAUUUGUCCAUGAAACGAAUUCUUGGACGCGAAGGCGAAUGUCCAGAUUUCUACAAGUUAAGAGAAGAAUUUACCAAUCGUUUUGGAUCUAGUGACGGAGCCAAUACCUUCCAUGUGCUGCAGAAGAUGUGCCCAAAGUACCGUAUGCGGUGCCAGGAAGUUGACCUCAAAGGUGCCAUGGAAGCGAUCACUUCAAGUCGCCCAGUAGUGGCAACAUUUCGGCUCACUGACCCUGAAUGGAAACGUUUUGGAAACUUCUUUCGAACAAACCCAAAAGGUAUUUUGACGAAGGCGGAGAUCGACAUAGCAGCCCGUCUUUCCAAUACUCCUACCAUUGGCCAUGCAGUUGUGUUGACCAGUGUCGACAGCCAGUGUCUACAACUGCUAAAUUCUUGGGGAGAUUCCUGGGGAAACAAAGGAUUUCUCAAAGUGCAGAACGCAGACGUUCUUGGAUUGGAAUUUAUUGACGUUUUCUGUGAAAAAGAAGAUUUGACAGUAGAAGAAAAAUCGAGUUACGAGAACCAUGGAUCCGAAGUUGCCAGAAAAUUAAUGAAAGAUUUGCCGAGUCUUCAGCGAGCUGAAUUCAAGUGCCCCAAAUGCAGCAAGACAUCACCAGUGAUGGAGUUUACCGGAACUUUGAUAUGCGCAAAGUGCCCCAAAUGUCGCAAUGAGUUCUAUUCAAAAAAUGCUGAGGAAGGGAACAUUUUGGUUCUUAAUCUUUAUCUUACCUCUUUAAUCAGAUAG